GGGAAGCUGGGGUCACUUCCUGCUCCGUCCCAGUCACCCUGAACUGGUCCCCGGGUCCUCAGCCUGGAAUCACCCCUGCAGAAGGACCCCAGAGUCCUCGACUCCUAGCCCGCCCCCUCCCCCCGAGGCAGGGCACUGAAGGGGUUAAGUCCCCUGGGGCUGGAUUCUGCCUUCCGGCUUUUCCCAGACCCCCAGAGCCGGUCCCCGGAACCCUGCUCAGUCCUGAGCUCUGGGAUGGAGCCGGAGACAGCGCUGUGGGGCCCGGAUGUGCAGGCUGCAGGACACAGCCCGAAUCAUGCCGAUAGAGGUGCCGAGAGUGGGAACGAAGAGGAGGACUCCAGCCCUCAGCGGGAAAGUUCCGGAGAGGAGGUCAUCUUGGGCGAGCCAGCUCAGAGUCCAGAGUUCAAGGACACAGCAGAGAUGCCCCCGGAGAGCCCCUGCCCGGACCCCUCGGCCCCCCAGGCCCCGCCAAGCCCCCCGGACCCCGCAGCCCCCGAGGUGGUCCCCACCCCGCCCGACUGGACCAAGGCCUGUGAGGCCAGCUGGCAGUGGGGGACCCUCACCACGUGGAACAGCCCCCCGGUGGUGGCGGCCAGCGAACCCAGCCUGCGAGAGCUGGUGCAGGGCCGCCCGGCGGGCGCCGAGAAGCCCUACAUCUGCAACGAGUGUGGCAAGAGCUUCAGCCAGUGGUCCAAACUGCUGCGGCACCAGCGCAUCCACACGGGCGAGCGGCCCAACACGUGCUCCGAGUGCGGCAAGAGCUUCACGCAGAGCUCGCACCUGGUGCAGCACCAGCGCACGCACACGGGCGAGAAGCCCUACAAGUGCCCGGACUGCGGCAAGUGCUUCAGCUGGAGCUCCAACCUGGUGCAGCACCAGCGCACGCACACCGGCGAGAAGCCCUACAAGUGCACCGAGUGCGAGAAGGCUUUCACGCAGAGCACCAACCUCAUCAAGCACCAGCGCUCGCACACCGGCGAGAAGCCCUACAAGUGCGGCGAGUGCCGGCGCGCCUUCUACCGCAGCUCGGACCUCAUCCAGCAUCAGGCCACGCACACGGGCGAGAAGCCCUACAAGUGCCCCGAGUGCGGCAAGCGCUUCGGCCAGAACCACAACCUCCUGAAGCACCAGAAGAUCCACGCCGGCGAGAAGCCCUACCGCUGCACCGAGUGCGGCAAGAGCUUCAUCCAGAGCUCGGAGCUCACGCAGCACCAGCGCACGCACACCGGCGAGAAGCCCUACGAGUGCCUGGAGUGCGGCAAGAGCUUCGGCCACAGCUCCACGCUCAUCAAGCACCAGCGCACGCACCUGCGCGAGGACCCCUUCAAGUGCCCGGUGUGCGGCAAGACUUUCACGCUGAGCGCCACGCUGCUGCGGCACCAGCGCACGCACACGGGCGAGCGGCCCUACAAGUGCCCGGAGUGCGGCAAGAGCUUCAGCGUGAGCUCCAACCUCAUCAACCACCAGCGCAUCCACCGCGGCGAGCGCCCCUACAUCUGCGCCGACUGCGGCAAGAGCUUCAUCAUGAGCUCCACGCUCAUCCGGCACCAGCGCAUCCACACGGGCGAGAAGCCCUACAAGUGCUCCGACUGCGGCAAGAGCUUCAUCCGCAGCUCGCACCUCAUCCAGCACCGGCGCACGCACACGGGCGAGAAGCCCUACAAGUGCCCCGAGUGCGGCAAGAGCUUCAGCCAGAGCUCCAACCUCAUCACCCACGUCCGCACCCACAUGGACGAGAACCUCUUCGUGUGCUCCGACUGCGGCAAGGCCUUCCUGGAGGCCCACGAGCUGGAGCAGCACCGCGCGAUCCACGAGAGGGGGAAGACGCCGGCGCGCAGGGCGCAGGGCGACUCCCUGCUGGGGCUCGGCGAUCCCGCGCUGCUGACGCCGCCGCCCGGGGCCAAGCCGCACAAGUGUCUGGUCUGCGGCAAGGGCUUCAACGACGAGGGCAUCUUCAUGCAGCACCAGAGGAUCCACAUCGGGGAGAACCCCUACAAGAACGCCGACGGCGCCCUCAUGGCGCACGCGGCCCCCAAAGGCCCGCAGUUCUGCCCGCCGAGGCUCGCCGGGUCCCCAGGGCAGCCGUUUAAGGCGCCCGAGGGGCAGGAGGGCUUCGGCCAGAGGCUGGGAAUGCUCUCCUCCAAGUCCUACAUCUGCUCGCACUGCGGCGAGAGCUUCCAGGAUCGCGCCGUGCUGCUCCAGCACCAGCUCACACACGGCAACGAGAAGCCCUUCCUCUUCCCCGACUACAGGAUUGGCCUAGGGGAAGGGCCGGGGGCGGGGCCCAGCCCCUUCCUCGGUGGGAAGCCCUUCAAGUGCCCGGAGUGCAAAAAAAGCUUCGCCCUCAGCUCCGAGCUGCUGCUGCACCAGAAAGUGCACGCAGGCGCCAAGCCCCCCAAGAGUCCCGAGCUGAGCAAGAGCUCCUCCGUCCUCCUGGAGCAUCUCAGGAGCCCCCUGGGGGCCAGACCCUACAGCUGCUCCGAGUGCGGCGCCGCCUUCCUCGAUCGCCUGGCCCUCAUUCGGCACCAGGAAACCCACACCCAAGAAAAAUCCCCGAGAUCUGAGGACCCCGAGCUGGAGCCCGAGCCGGAGCCGGAGCCGGAGCAGGACCUGGAGCCGGAGCCGGAGCCGGAGCCGGCGCCCGAAGCCCUGUGCACAGACCAGGAAGGUGAGGGAGAGGCCCCCGCCCCGACAGGGGGCAGCAGCCACAGGGAAGGCGACAGCCCCGCCGCGCUCUCGGAAGCCAAGCCGUACGUGUGCCCCGAGUGUGGCGACAGCUUCACCGAAGUCGCAGCCCUCCUCCUGCACAGGAGCUGUCACCCAGGGAGCUCUCCGUGACGUGGCUCCGUGGACCCGGGGCCUCUCUCUCUCCCGCCCUCCUCGGAGAGGGACACUGGAUCCCCCAGAGAGGCUUGUGGGGAAAGGACACCCCUAUCACACUGUAGAGAAGUGGAGGAGAAAGCCGGGUGCGGGAAUCCUAUGUCCCCCGUGAGAACCCCUAUGAGGUCAUGGGUGGGAAUCACCAAUAAGGCAGUAGAGAAAAACUGUUGGGGUUAGGAACCCUAUAAAUAUGUAGGAAAAAAAAAAAAACACAAAAAGCCCUUUAAGUCUGUAGCAGAAAAACCCUAUAAACCAUAGUGGAUAAAAGCCCUUAUUAAUUGUAGGAAGAGGUCCCAAUAUGUCUCUAGGCAGCCCUAUAAAACUGUAUCCAAAUCCUUAUCAAAAUCCUGUAGGGUCAGGGAAUACCGCAAUGGCAUUGACUGGGAGAUGUGACCCCAAGAAGCUGUAGAAAAAUUGCUCCCAGCCCCUCGCUCUGCAAACUUCUGUCCUCACCCCCUGGGGGCGGGGGAGCAGAGGGAGGGGCCUGUCUCCCAGGGAGAAGAGAGGGCCUGGGAGCAGGGCUAGAGAAACCGGGAGGACUUCAGGCCGAGGGAGGCCAGUGCAGCCCCUGGCCCCGGGAGCCAGCCUUGUAGGGAAUCCCUUAUCAAAAAAGAACCCCCCAAAAAAUGGGGGAGAAAAAGCAUCAAGCCUUUCUGAAGGCUAAGUUUGGGGUGCUUAAGAACUUUCGGGUUUAAGAAUACUAAGAACCCACCAUAAAAAUGGGGGUGGGAGGGGGCGGGAGUCCUGCUAGGUUGCUCUGGGGGGAGCUGUGGGAUGGAAGCCAGCCAGGGAGGCAGCUCCAGGCUCCCCCCUCCCCCGCAGCCGCUGGGAGCUUGUUAAGCUGCAAGUACAAGCAGAUCCCAGCUCAGGCGGCAGGGUCCCCCCACCCCACCCCCGGCCAGGCAGGACUGCCCUUGCCCCAGCCCCCACCCGGCCAGGGGCGGAGGCGGCUCCGGCCACAUUCUCAGGUCUCGCUAACUGCCAGCAGUCCUGCUGCCGCGGCAGCCCCAUUGCCUCGAAUUCUGUCCUCAGUGGAGAGGGGAAAAGCUGCUAGCCAACCUCCAAAGAACCCAGCCCUCGGCUGCCGCCGCCUGCCCCGUGCGUGGUGCGCUCCCUCGCCUUCUCUUCUCCAAGCCUGCCCGAGCCGCGGCGGCGUUCGCUGCGCCGAGCAGGGGCCGAACACAGCUCGGAUUCGCCAGCAACCUGAUUCUCAACCUCAGCCGCUCAUCCGAGCCGGUGGCCAGGCCGCCCUCGGGAUGAGGCAGCCCGCAUGCGUGCAGGGUGCGGGACGCCCCGCAGGGCCCAUCUGCCCGUGGCCCCCUCCCCACCGGAGCCCUCUGGGGGCGGUGAUGACCCAGCCCGAUCUCGGCCUUGGCCUUGGGACCGGCCAGCUGCCCCCGACUCCGCUCUCCUCCCUACCCAGAAGCCUUCGGAGGGAGGAGUGAGCACAGCUGUCCUCGCGGGCCACACGCACUGAACUGUGGGAGUCCCAGCCGCCCUGCUCACGUGACGGGGUGGGGCGGGGGUGUCCCUGGAAACUGGCUGAAGAGAGAAUGCUUGAGAGAAACACGUGACAAGAGCCCCAACCCCUAACCCCGGAGACCCCCCCACGGGUGAGGAUACCAUCCCGGCCUGGUGGCAAAGGAAUUCUCACAGACCCCACACUGGCUUCAGGGUUGCACCGCUGUGGAGGUGGGGGAACUGAGACGCCACGUUGAGGUGGCCCCCAGAGAGGGCUGACCUGGAUUUCUGCAGAGCGAGAGGUUCAGAAGGUGAACAUUGUCGCCCCGACCCCCACAGAGGGAUCACCUCACUGAAAACGGAUGGAAAUCUAGAACACCGUGGGAGAGGACAGCGCAGGCCUUCUGGGGGGGGAGGCGGAGGGCGGGGGCAGACCUUGUUACCACCUGCAGGAAGCCCCGCCCACAGGAGCCAGGGAGGAGGGCGCUGCCCAGGGGGAGGCACCUGCUUUUGAUGGCCCCGGGAGACUGGGGAUGCUCCCCCUCUAAGCUGGGAGCAGGAAGAAACUGAAGUCGUGCAACAAACCCCUUCGGGAAGCUAACGGCAGAUUUCCCCAGACACAGGUCUGAGGGGCUGUCGCCAGAAGAGAGCCCUAGGGGCUCAGAGGCCAUCCAGGGGGGCGGUGGUCCGUGUAGCACAUUGAGGACUAGGGUGUAGCGUAUGUAGUAGGGUGCUCGCAUGUGGUGGGGAUGGGUGAGGGCUGAGGGGUCCUGGCUGGGGUACAGAAUGGACGGUGUGGACAUGACUUGGUGGGGGUCUGGCUCUUCUCAGACGCCCCUGGGUGUAGCCCCGUAUCUCGUACCCACCUCCCCCAAACUUGAGCCAGGUGCUUCCCUCCCCGGAGCCAGCUACAUCUUGGGAGACAUUAAGCUGGGAGGCCGUGGCAUCCAGAGUCCCUCUGACACUGGCCGGCCAGCACUGAGCCUGGAAGGCACAGCGUGGGCCCCAGCCCCUUCCCGAGUGCCCCGUGGAGGAGCCCAGCAGAGAGGAGACUGGAAACUGGUCCAAGCUGGGGGUGAAACUCGAAACUGCUGUGACUGGAGGUCAGACGGGAACUGUAAAGAAUUGGGCCUGAGUCCCGAAUUGGGGGAGGCCAGGGGGGGGACUUGAAACCAUCACAACCAAGACGUGGGGGUGCUCCUGGGAGGGGGCCCCAGUCCCGUGACUGGUCCCCGUGGAGGUUAGAGAAGCCCCACCCGUGAGUGUUGUGUGUUAAUAACUGUUGUGUCACCGGUGGUCAUGUUGAUUAGUUGAAGAGAAUAAAGGGAGUAAG